AUUGAAAAUAUUAUGGCUGAUUCAAAAUGAGCUGAUGCCUAUCAUGCUCUUUCUGAUAUUGAAGAAAGUAUUGAUAACCUCAGUCAGACUCAAGAAGAUUCAGAAUGUCUUUGAACACCACCGCAACAGAAUGUCCCUCCAUACACCCCAAUCGGUCACCCAGUCCUCCCCACCCAGGCACCAGAACAACCCUCUUCAGCCACACAACCCCCUCAUAAUUCCUACAUCACAGGUGAAAUAUAUGUUAAUGCAGGUGAAGAGAGAGGGGUUGAACAGGAGGGAGAAAGAAGGAGGGUAAGGAGGAGGAAUUUCAGAAAUCGAGUGUGAGUAGUAGGGUUCUCGAUUUUUGUGGCUGUAGUUGUGGUUGUGGUAUUUGCAGCUGCGAGGGUUUAUUCAGAUGAGCCUUCUGAUUAGGCUUGAAAAUUUUAGAUGGAUUUUGAUACAAGAUGCUGAAAAAUUAUGCCUAAGUUGGAUUCGCCAAUGAGAUUGAUAAUUUUAAUGUUCAACUC